AUGAUUCGAUGUUUUGUAGAUCACCCAUUUGAAGAACCAAAGGUUGGUCCAGUCGUCGAUUUAAAUUCUGGUACUGGAAAUGAUGUAUCAAAAUCAACCGUCUCCGUUCGUCCUGGAACCAGAAAAUCAAAACCCGGAAAGGUUAGUGCGAAGAAGGGUGGUCUUGGAGCUGCAAAAGUAAAAGCAGACUUCACUGCUAUUGAAUCCGCCGCUGAGAAUGCUGACCUACAACGGGAGCGCCAGGCCAUGAUGGCCAAGCAGUUAGAAAAAGAAGAAAUGGAAAAAGAAGCCGAACGCAUUGCCUCGCUCCGUUUAGCAUACAAGGAUGUUGCGGAAGAACGUGAAAAGAAGGAGCAGGCCCUCAAAGCUGUGGAUCCAAAGCGUGCGGAACAGGUGGAACGGUUAGGUAUGGGCACAGGAACCCGCGGCAUAUCGCAUUCGGCGUUUUCCGAUGUACGGAAAAUUGAACAAGAAGGAACCAACACAGCCAACAGUACAACACGAUCAUCUGCCUUGGUGUCCUCGAAAUUGGAUCCAUUCUUUGAUUCGUCCCCUGGACUCGGAACAAAUGGGCGCAUCGGGAGUACUCGACGACUUGAUUCAGACGAUCCGUUUUCCCGAGGAGGGAGCGGAUGGAUAGACGAAACUCCCAAAGGUGAUGGCUGGACGCGCGAAGUGGAUCCGUUUGAUUCGUACAGUACCCGGAGUAACGUUACCACCACUGGCACUAGCAACAAAACACGUGAACCGACCGUGACUUCCUCUGAUUGGGGUCGCUCCAGUCCACGGGAUUCUCGCAAACAGAAAACACUCUCCUCAGAACCGAUUUCUAGUACACAAUCAGAGGAGUUACGAACAAAGUUCGCCAACGUCUCCUCUAUCUCAUCAGAUGCCUUUUUCGGCCGCGAGGAGGUUGAGGACGCCGGGUUUUCACGGUUCCACGGAAGUGAGUCCAUAUCCAGCGAUGACUAUUUCGGUCGUGCCAAACCACAGCCACCUUCCCAGCUGUCAAACGAACUGCAGCAAAUCAAGGAUGGAGUACGUCAAGGUGUGACCAAGGUGGCUACUCGCUUGUCACAUUUUGCCAGUGACAUGGUCAGCACGCUUCAGGUGUGUGCUUCGCCUUGA